UGCACGUGGGCCUGCAGCUCGAGAAGUUCCACGAUCAGGCUCUGGUCCGUCACGGGAUGGCAGAAAACUUCUUGAUUGUCCGGGACCGGUCGGAGGUCGCUGGAGUGAGGCGAGCCAAGGUCAUUUCCCUAUAACUUUCCACAAGUGAAAUGUUUGGGAGUGGAGAGGGCCGUUGUGCUUCGUGGGGAGAGAGGAGUUGUGGUGAACAGGCCUGCUUCCGAAUCCCUUCUGCUGCCUUGGAUCCACAUGGGAAGUCGCUAAACUGGGCCAGUCUCCUUGACCUGAUAACAGGAACUCGUGACUUUAACUGGACAAAUGAGGUGGUUAAUGAUGAACUUAUGAGAGAACCUGUUCUGUCUGGCUUUCUCAGAGGAAGCAGUGUCAGGAAAGAACAUUCAAAUGUCAAAAAUGAUCCGGACCCUCACUCUCCUUUUGCUGCCUGACCGCCGCCAUCAUGGGUUGCAUGCAUGCUCCCAGGAAGGGCCUGUCCCAGUCGGCUUUGCCCUAUCGACGCAGCGUCCCCACUUGGUUGAAGUUGACAUCUGAUGACGUGAAGGAGCAGAUUUACAAACUGACCAAGAAGGGCCUGGCUCCUUCACAAAUCGGUGUGAUCCUGAGAGAGUCACAUGGUGUUGCACAAGUACGCUUUGUGACAGGCAAUAAAAUCUUAAGAAUUCUUAAGUCUAAGAGACUUGCUCCUGAUCUUCCUGAAGAUCUCUACCAUUUAAUUAAGAAAGGAGUUGCUGUUCGAAAGCAUCUUCAGAGGAACAGAAAGGAUAAGGAUGCUAAAUUCCAUCUGAUUCAUAGCCGGAUUCACCGUUUGGCUUGAUAUUAUAAGACCAAGCGAGUCCUCCCUCCCAAUUGGAAAUAUGAAUCAUCUACAGCCUCUGCCCUGGUCGCAUAAAUUUGUCUGUGUACUCAAGCAAUAAAAUGAUUAAUUAAAAAAAAAAA